AUGGCGAUGAUGACCUAUGCGGAGAUGCUGGAAAAGCUGGAUUAUCUUUCGAAGGAGAUCAAAUUGCUCCGGAACCUAUCAGCUGAAUUCAACCGGCUUGGUCCGGUGGCUGGAGUCGACGGAGAGAGAAACAUUGUGAAGGAGAUACAGGAGAAGCGGGCUAAUAUUUUGGCAGAGACGAACUUGUUGGGGGAAGUUGUUGAAUCCAAUCGGCUUGGUCCGACCGGAGUUGGCGCAGCAAGAAUGGCGAAGAUCUAUGUGGAGAUGUUGAAAAAGAUUGUUAAUAUUAAGAAGGAGAUGGAUCAAUUGUUGCGAAACGAAGAUGAAGAUGCUGGAUUCAAUCAGCUUGGUCCCGUGGCUCCUGCACCAUCACAUGAUACACUGGAGCCACAUCUUGGUUCCGUUCAGCGCUGUCGAGUUUGUUACGGGAUAGUUGAACUGGACAGCAUGAAUCAGAGCCAAGAAAGAGAUGUACCGGGCUCUAUGGUCAUCGAGAUGCCAUGCAACCAUAUUUACCACUCGGAUUGUAUUGUUCCUUGGUUAGUCCAGAAUAACGCAGGUCCUAUUUCCCAAAUUGAUCAUGAGCUGCAACCUAAUAGUCGAAAGGACAUAAUUGUUGCAGCUUUUCUUGCAGCCGUAGAAGCAAUCGUUUUGGGUCUUAUAAUUUUCCUAAUUUUUAACUUCGGCAAAAAAUAG